AUGGCAGAGACAAAAUCAGGCUCGAGCCCAGACAUAGACUCGGACGGGUGGGUUGAAGUCGAGAACCCUUCAAUUCCUGACGACUACAUCCACGUGAGCAAGUCGGAUCUUGAAAGUUGGUCUCUCCCUCCUGUUAAGGAUGAGGAAGAGGACGAAGACAACGCUGACGUGGUGUUGCAGCUAACACCGUCCCAGACAGACGACCUGGACCGUCUAGUUGCACCGAAAGUCAAGCAAUUGGAGAAGGAGCUGCGAAAGCAGAAAGACUGCAAUUACUCGGCCGCAAUGGAGGAGCUAUUCGGCACCGACGCCAAGGAUUAUCAGCUCAUGUUCAACGCAGCGAUUCCCGAGUUGCGGUUCCAGCCAAGACAUACCCGAGACACGUAUUCUCCGCGACAGGGAGUCUUAUAUACGGCGUUGACUACUGCUGAUAAGUGCAAAGACGCGGCCGACUUGCUCUUGAGGGGGAUGCGGACUCGGAGUGUCCACGGGCACAACAACACCGAGUCUGGAUCUGGAGCUAAUAAGAAAGAGUUACCGGGGUCGGGCGACGCGCCGUCGUUCACUCAUGAUCCGGACGACGUCGAUUAA